GGGGGAUUGCCACCGGUCCCCCGGGUGCUCCCGAUGUGGCUCCGGGUUCAUUCAGGGGCCGGAAAAGAAUGGUAACAUGAACGGUGGAGAGUGAGCGCGUCACCGGAGGAAGGGGAAGAGAUUGAUGGGCAGGGCGCUUACUUGGCGAAGGAUCACAUCCCUGGGACCGCGGGAAGAGGUCACUUGGCGUCGCCUUUCCUUCCUGGCUGGACUCUCCUGACAUAGGUCGCCUGCUUCCACUGGGUUCUGGGCGGCGGAACCGCUGGCUGCAGGGCGCGCGAGGACGCUGGAGUUGGUGGCCCUGUGUCCACAGAGGAGUUCAGUGGCGGAUCCCCUGUUUUUGGAUCCCAGAGGAGCCCGCAGGCACGCUGGCUCUGGAGGGACUUGGACUUGAGUCCAGAUGGCCAACUCCCUCUGAAGCCUGCAGAUUGGUGCUGAGCAAGCCACCAAAGUUUGUAGCUUCUCCUCAGUUUCUGGGGCUUUCCAAGGCAGAGACAAGGACUUUGGCACUAAACACAAGAAGCAGUCAGGGGACCGUCUUUCUUAACUUUUCUCCUCUGUUAUUUGCGAUGAAGAGGAAACAGAAGAGGUUUCUGCAGAUGACUUUGCUGUUCAUGGUGGCUUUGAUAUUCCUGCCCAAUAUUGGUCUUUGGUCUCUGUACAAGGAUAAGCACCUGGUGAAAUCUACAGAGCCCGGGGAGCAGCAGACAUUUCCACUGGGCCUAGGAGAUGGGCAAUUCUAUGCAUGGACACCUGGUGUGCGAAGAAAGGACUGGCAUGACUAUGGAAGCAUUCAGAAAGAGGCUUUGCGUUCAGGAAAGGGUGAACAUGGAAAACCGUACCCUCUCACUGACGAAGACCAUGAUGACUCAGCUUACAGGGAGAAUGGAUUCAACAUUUUCGUUAGCAACAAUAUUGCUCUAGAGCGGUCCCUGCCAGAUAUUCGCCAUGCUAACUGUAAGCACAAGAUGUACCUGGAAAGGCUGCCAAACACCAGCAUCAUUAUCCCAUUUCAUAAUGAAGGUUGGACUUCGCUCCUCCGGACCAUAUACAGUAUAAUUAACCGAACUCCAGAGAGUCUCAUCGCAGAAAUCAUUCUGGUGGAUGACUUCAGUGACAGAGAACACUUGAAGGAUAAAUUAGAAGAAUACAUGUCCCGAUUUUCCAAAGUGAGGAUUGUUCGCACCAAGAAAAGGGAAGGGCUUAUCCGGACAAGACUCUUGGGUGCCUCCAUGGCGAGAGGAGAAGUCCUGACAUUCCUGGACUCCCACUGUGAGGUUAAUGUGAACUGGCUGCCUCCACUCCUUAACCAAAUUGCACUAAACCACAAAACCAUCGUGUGCCCUAUGAUCGAUGUCAUUGACCACAAUCACUUUGGGUACGAGGCACAAGCUGGCGAUGCCAUGCGAGGAGCCUUCGACUGGGAGAUGUACUACAAAAGAAUCCCCAUCCCUCCAGAGCUCCAGAGGGCAGAUCCCAGCGACCCUUUUGAGUCCCCUGUUAUGGCUGGAGGUCUCUUUGCUGUGGAUAGAAAAUGGUUUUGGGACUUGGGGGGCUAUGAUCCAGGUUUAGAAAUCUGGGGAGGAGAACAGUAUGAAAUCUCUUUUAAGGUUUGGAUGUGUGGAGGAGAAAUGUUUGAUGUUCCGUGUUCCAGAGUUGGUCAUAUCUACAGGAAGUACGUCCCUUACAAAGUUCCGUCGGGAACCAGCCUGGCCCGAAACCUGAAGCGGGUGGCAGAGACCUGGAUGGACGAGUUCGCCGAGUACAUUUACCAGCGGCGGCCAGAGUACCGGCACCUCUCCACCGGCGACAUCUCCGCGCAGAAGGAGUUGCGCAAGCAGCUCAAGUGCAAGGACUUCAAGUGGUUCAUGGCGGCCGUGGCCUGGGACGUGCCCAAGUUCUACCCCCCGGUGGAGCCCCCACCUGCUGCCUGGGGGGAGAUUCGAAAUGUAGCAGCAAAUCUGUGUGUGGACAGCAAGCAUGGUGCUACAGGAACUGAGCUGAGGCUGGACAUCUGUGUCAAGGACGGUUCGGAAAGGACAUGGUCUCAUGAACAGCUCUUUACCUUUGGAUGGAGAGAAGAUAUUCGACCUGGUGAGCCCUUACACACCCGAAAAUUCUGCUUCGAUGCGAUCUCCCACAGCAGCCCGGUCACGCUGUAUGACUGCCACGGCAUGAAAGGAAACCAGCUCUGGGGAUACCGCCAGGACAGAACAUUAUUUCAUCCAGUGAGCAACAGCUGCAUGGAUUGCAAUCCCGCAGAGAAGAAAAUGUUCAUGGCCAGAUGUGACCCUCUCUCUGAGACUCAGCAGUGGAUUUUUGAACAUAUUAAUAUGACUGUUUUAGAAAACUUUAACCACCAUGCCAGCUCCUAGAAAGAGUGAUGGGAGAAAGAAAGAGCAAUUAUCUACAGAUGACAAACUAAUGUUGGCCAGCCUCUGGGUCGAAGGAGUCAGGAGUAACAUUUCCUGGAUCCAGGAAGCCUGGGUUAAAGAUGGGCAAAGGCCAUGUGUAAGUGGGUUGUCCUGAAGAACUCCCUGCCUCUGAAGAACUUGGCUGAGAACCUCACCAGCUGCUUCUGGGAACUCGAGACCAGCAGUUCCCUUGCUGGCCAAGGGCAAAGAUUACUUAGGGACUUUUCAAGACAACUGCUGAGAGUUAACAAAUCCUAGCAUUUCUCAGGUCAAAUCCUGCAGUAGUGAGUAGCUAUGAAUGGAUCCUA